AUGUCUCACCACCAGAACAUACUGGGCCUUCGAGAACGCCUUCUCGAAGUCUCAUUGCUCCUGUUCGACUUGUCGAAUCGCCGCUCCCCGCCGGCGGCGUACUACAUCGCAAACUUCCUUACCGAGGAAGAAGAGCAAACGAUCUUGCAUAAGGUCGAGACGGCGCCCAAGGCAAGAUGGAGGCAACUCACGCAUCGCCGGCUGCAGACAUGGCCUUCGGACCUCGUCAAAGACACACUGCUCGAUGCUGCACCGUUGCCCGACUGGCUAGAAAACCCCGUCGUGUCACGCAUCCUCUCGAUCCCCCUCUCGGACGACGAGCCGAACAUCUUCGCCGGCAGUCCUCACCUCCGCCCGAACCACGUACUCAUCAACGAAUACCCCCCGAACACAGGAAUCAUGCCGCACAAGGACGGGGCCGCCUACUACCCUGUGGUCUGCACUGUGAGUCUAGGCUCGAGCCUAUGCCUCAACUUGCACAAAAACAAGGAGGACGGGGCGCUGGAUCCGGAACCCGUGUGGAGAAUCUUGCAAGAGCCGCGCAGUCUCCUGAUCACGACAGCAGCUCUCUAUUCUGAGUACCUUCACGGCAUCGAGCCGAUCUCAGCGGAUAUAGACCUUUCGGAGCGGACCAUCGCAAACUGGCACCUAUUGCGCUCGCCCUCGCUUUAUACCGAUGGCGUCAACCAGCGGGAGACGCGCACCAGCCUCACCUAUCGCGAUGUGCUGAAGGUAUCAAGGCUCGGUACCAAGCUCGGGCCCCUCUUCAAGCGACUAUGA